ACAAAAUAUCACUUUAGAAGAGAGAAGGAAAAAAACAAAAACAAAGAAGAUCUAAGAAGAAGAAAAGAGAAUGAUGAAGAAGCAAGUGACAAUAGUGGCGGCUCUUAUGAUUCUGAUGGCUUUAUCUUCCAACUUGGAUAUGGUUGCUGAGGCUCAAUUAGGCCCCGGAGACUGCUACGACGGUUGCUCUACCGCAUGCGUCCAACGUGACCCGAGAAAGACGUCCCGGUGCGAUCGCAAGUGCUCCAUCCGUUGUGGCCCAGAUGCUGUCAGGGCAAGAGAGACUGGUGUUUGAAACUCUUUUAUUUUUACUAUGAUCCCAAUAAAUUAAAUUAUGUUGUAAUAUCUUUCUAUAUAAACGUAUCUCUGUAAAACAUAUUCUGUAACUAGAUUUAUAUUAGUGACUCACUAUUUUAAUUUGAUAAAAAAUUAUUUUCUA